GACUUUUCUCCUCGCCUCCUCGCCCCGCAUGUUCAGGACCAAACGAUCUGCGCUCGUCCGGCGUCUCUGGAGGAGCCGUGCGCCCGGCGGCGAGGACGAGGAGGAGGGCGUGGGGGGCGGCGGCGGUGGAGAGCCGCGGGGGGAAGGGGCGACGGACAGUCGAGCGCAUGGGGUCGGCGGCGGCGCAGGCAGGGCUGGCUGCUGCAUGGGCAAGGCAGUCAGAGGUGCCAAAGGUCACCACCAUCCCCAUCCCCCAGCCGCGGGCGCCGGUGCGGCCGGGGGCGCCGAGGCGGAUCUGAAGGCGCUCACGCACUCGGUGCUCAAGAAACUGAAGGAGCGGCAGCUGGAGCUAUUGCUCCAGGCCGUGGAGUCCCGCGGCGGGACUCGCACCGCGUGCCUCCUGCUGCCCGGCCGGCUGGACUGCAGGCUGGGCCCGGGGGCGCCCGCCGGCGCUCAGCCCGCGCAGCCGCCCUCGGCCUACUCUCUCCCCCUCCUGCUGUGCAAAGUGUUCAGGUGGCCGGAUCUCAGGCAUUCCUCGGAAGUCAAGAGGCUGUGUUGCUGUGAAUCUUACGGGAAGAUCAACCCCGAGCUGGUGUGCUGCAAUCCCCAUCACCUUAGCCGACUCUGCGAACUAGAGUCUCCCCCUCCUCCUUACUCCAGAUACCCGAUGGAUUUUCUCAAACCAGCUGCAGGCUGUCCAGAUGCUGUGCCUUCCUCCGCUGAAACAGGGGGAACGAAUUAUCUGGCCCCUGGGGGGCUUUCAGAUUCCCAACUUCUUCUGGAGCCUGGGGAUCGGUCACACUGGUGCGUGGUGGCAUACUGGGAGGAGAAGACGAGAGUAGGGAGGCUCUACUGUGUCCAGGAACCCUCUCUGGACAUCUUCUAUGAUCUACCUCAGGGGAAUGGCUUUUGCCUUGGACAGCUCAAUUCGGACAACAAGAGUCAGCUGGUGCAGAAAGUGCGGAGCAAAAUCGGCUGUGGCAUCCAGCUUACUCGGGAAGUGGAUGGCGUGUGGGUGUACAACCGCAGCAGUUACCCCAUCUUCAUCAAGUCAGCCACACUGGACAACCCAGACUCCAGGACGCUGUUGGUACACAAGGUGUUCCCCGGUUUCUCCAUCAAGGCGUUUGACUAUGAGAAAGCAUACAGCUUGCAGCGGCCCAACGACCACGAGUUCAUGCAGCAGCCGUGGACUGGUUUCACCGUGCAGAUCAGCUUCGUGAAGGGCUGGGGCCAGUGCUACACCCGCCAGUUCAUCAGCAGCUGCCCGUGCUGGCUGGAGGUCAUCUUUAACAGCCGGUAGCCACGUGGGCAGAGGACAGAGCGUGAGCCGAGCAGGCCACAAUUCAAACU